AUGGCACCGUUGGUCCAACUCUCGGGCAGGAAACUGUUACGGUCCUUGGAACUGCGCCGAAGCUUGCGGCGAGGGGAGCGGGCCACAAAAAAACUAGAGACCACAUUCAACCAGAAGAUGGCAGAGUUGGAUUUCACUUUGAAACAUGAGACUGAAGGCGAGUUAACCAAGCAGGAAGUUGAGGAAAAGGCAAGACCCCAACCCGGAGACCUGAUUGAGAUCUUUCGCAUUGGCUAUGAGCACUGGGCUAUCUAUAUGGAAGAUGACUGCGUGGUUCACCUGGCUCCCCCAAGUGAAGAUUUCCAGGUGGGCAGCAUCACAUCCAUCUUUAGUAACCAGGCAGUGGUCAAAUACAGCCGGCUGGAGGAUGUGCUGCAUGGCUGCUCCUGGAAGGUGAACAACAAAUUGGACAGCACCUACCUGCCACUGCCCGUGGACAAGAUCAUCCAGCGCACCAAAGAGAUGAUCAACCAGAUAGUGCAAUACAACCUGCUUGAGGGCAACUGUGAGCACUUUGUCAACGGCCUCCGAUACGGCGUGCGCAGGAGUCAGCAGGUGGAACACAUCCUGACGGAAGGAGCCAAGGCAGCGGGAUCCAUUAUUUCUGCCAUCGCGGAUAGCAUCAGCUCCAAAUCUGUAACUUCCAGAAGAUGCUGA